AUGAGGGUUAAGACAAAACUUAAGAAUCCACGAUCAACAUUAGGUAAAUCUAUCAAAGAAAUAUUAAAUCGAGCAGGCAAGCGACAAAUUUCACAUCCAAAGCAAAACCAAACUUACGAAAACGAUGAUUCUGCAUCUGAGAGUCGGCGAAGUAGUACAAGAAUUAACGAAAUCUUACAUUUUCAAAAUAAUUUUGUAAGAAACAAUUCUAAUUCAAAUUUCAUAUUAGAAAGUAUAUCAGAAGAAGUCGAAGAUCAAUUAUUUAACGAAUCACCAAUUAAAAAAUCUAUUAAUAAUAAAAUUUCUGAAUUAAUUCCAUCACAAGACCAAUUACAGCUUGACGACAUUACAGAAGAAAAAUCCGAAAUAAAUACAUCAAUAAUUUCCACAAAUACAAAAAAUUCAUAUUCAUAUUUUGAAGAAGAAGAAAACGAAGAUAAUUUCGAGUUUUAUCCAGAAUAUGACUAUUACAAACCUCGUCAACCUUACGAAAAACCUAAGAAAGGCUCAAAAAGA